AUCGAUCUUGAGCGCGUUGUGCAAUGUCCCAACAUUUGUCAGAAUAUGAAAAGAAGCGAUUGGAUAACAUUGAAAAAAAUAAGGAAUUGCUAAAGCAACUCAAUGUUCCCGCAGUAGGAUCUAAACACGGACUGCCUCCAACCAAGUCGGCAGACAAGAAGUCUACUGUACAACAUAAGCCGAAAGCUGUUAAGAAGGAAAAGGUAUUACCUGUUAGAUAUUCUGCUCGAUUAAGGAAUAUCCCAGCGGACGCGACUACAGAAGCAGACCUAAAACGAACUGCCGACGAACUAUUACAACUCUCAGAGGCAAAGAAGCCUAAACGGAUUUCUAAGCUCGAAGAUCAAGACCAAGCCGAUUUUCUGAAAAUACUUGGUGAUGCAAAAGUGGACAAUGUCAUGAUUCCUAAUGAUGGUCCACCGAGUGACAAGGUGCCAAAGAAGCUGCAAGAGGAAGCGUCAAAUUUAGACAUAAGGCAUAUUUGGGCAACUGUUAAAGUCACACCUGAGAGGAUCAACUUUUCUGCGUUCCAUCCUUCCGCGAGCAAACUUUUGGCUUGUGCAGGAGACGUAUCUGGAAAUCUUGGCUUUUGGGAUGUCAAUGGCGAAAAAGAGGAUCCGGAUGAAGAGACGCCUCAGCCAAUUGUUUAUACAUAUCGACCUCAUACGAGAACCAUAACAAGCAUGAUGUAUAAUCCAUCCAACCUUUCACAAUUGUACACUUCUUCUUAUGACGGAACCGUACAGUAUUUUGAUAUGGAAAAAGCAGAGUUUGUAACAGCGUUUGAAGACUCGGAGUCUGACAUUCCCUUUACGGCGUUUGACAUGCCUAAAGAUGGACACAGCAUUUGGUUUUCGACGUCAGACGGAACCAUUGGUCAUCACGAUUUGCGAUCGCCAGCCUCUGAACAUUCAAUGUACACCAUUCGGGAGAAAAAGGUUGGGUGUAUUUCGGUAAAUUACGAAAAGCCAACAUACAUUGCUUGUGCGAGCAAUGACAGGACUGCAUCAAUUUGGGAUAUUAGGCAUUUGAAGAAGAAGGCACCAGAGCCCAUCAAGCAGUUUGAACAUGGCUUUUCUGUCUCAUCCUGUUACUGGUCCCCUAAGGGAGACAAGCUUUUGACUACGAGCUAUGACAAUCGUCUUCGGGUCAUCAGCACAAGUGGAAAGGUGGAAGAUUUAGAGGAAGAAUUUGCUGUAGAGCACAAUAAUCGUACUGGAAAAUGGGUUACUUUGUUUCGAGCGCGCUGGAAUUACAAUCCGAGGGCAUUAUCGCACUCUCAGUUUGUGAUAGGCAGCAUGAAUCAUCCUGUGGAAGUCUAUUCUGGUGAGACUGGUGAGCGCAUCUGCGAAUUAUAUGAUCCAGAGAAAGUUACUGCUGUACCAGCCGUUAGUCUCUUCCAUCCCACUACACCUUCAAUGACGAUUCUAUGUGGCAAUGGCAGUGGUAGGAUGGUGUGCUGGACCUAAUGGCGAGUCAUGGUAUAAAGACAAGCAGCGCAACGGCUAUCGUCGUAUGUGGUUCAUUACUUGCCUUCACUUUAGACAUAAUCAUACUUGAAUAAUGUAUAUAUAGAGUGUAUUGCUGCUUCAAUGUCGUAUAAUUUAUUGAGCAAGCACGCUAUGUGGCGCCGCUUCUUCCUUUGUGGCCUUUCAUU